GACGGAGUAAAGAGAUUACCUAAGAAAAGAGUCGCUCUUUUGAUAGGUUAUUGCGGUACGGGUUAUUCAGGUAUGCAAAUUCAACCAGGAGAAGCGGAGACUAUAGAAGGAGAAUUAUUUCAAGCACUCGUCAAAGCCGGUGCGGUCAGUAGUGAUAAUUCUAAUGAUCAUCGGAAAGUCGACGUGCAAAGAGCUGCGAGAACAGAUGCCGGUGUACACGCAGCGGGUAAUUGCGUAUCGUUGAAAAUGAUUAUCAAUCCUGUUUUACCACCGGAACAUGAGACGUUGAAAAGUCUGGUCAAUUCUUACUUACCGAAGCAAAUAAGGAUGUGGGGCUUUGUGAGAUGUAUCAAGUCGUUUGAUGCUAGAACCUCAUGCGAUUCAAGAAUCUACGAAUACCUUCUUCCCUCUUAUUGUCUCUUACCUCCCACUGCUUCUUCCUCCUUGGCUAAACAACUCGACUCCAGUUCCCCCGGAUGGCGAGAGGGCUUAGGACCAGGAACAGAAUUCGUCAAUGCUGCACCUCCUCUGGUGGAGGUGGAUGAAUCCGCUGUCACUACCGAUACUCCUGCCAGGAGAGGGGAAUAUGAACGAAGGAGAAAUUGGAGGGUUGAUGAGGGUACCAUGGGAAGGUUUAGAGGUUUGAUGAGCAUGUAUCUUGGGAGUCAUAACUUCCACAAUUACACAGUUGGCAGACCAUUCCACGAUCGAGCGGUCAAAAGACAUAUGAUCCAAAUUGAUGUUUUGGACCCAAAGGUGUAUGGAGAGAUAGAAUGGAUUUCAGUCCAGAUUCAUGGACAAAGUUUCAUGUUACAUCAAAUCAGAAAAAUGAUAUCGAUGGCCGUAUUGGCCUGUAGGACAGGUACACCAGCAAAGAUAAUCAGUGAAACUUAUGGAUCAAAACGUAUUCACAUACCUAAAGCACCCCCACUCGGCCUUUUACUAGAAGCUCCACAGUUCAAAACUUACAACAAACGAAUCCGAGAAAACAGUCAUCAAUAUGAUCAUGAACCAGUGGACUAUACGUCUUACGCUGAGGAGAUUAUGGCUUUCAAGGUCAAGUACAUAUAUGAGAGAUUAAGGCAAGAAGAGUUGGAACGACAUGUAUUCCAAAAAUGGACUAGACAGAUGGAUGGGAUUUCCGAUAAUAUACUCCGCUUUCUCAACACAAACGGUAUCAUACCCGACGAAGCCACUAUCCCCACAGGCCCAACACCCAAAAAACGUUCAGAAGUGGAGGAAGUGGGAAGUGAUGAAGAAGUGGAUGCGGAGCAACUCAAGCGGGGAGAAUUGGAGGGAUGA